AUGACUAUACGAGAGCUUAUGUUUGAGGUGCAUUAUAGUGGUAAGAUUAAUAGGGGGUUUACGUACACAAAUGUGGGGGGUGAUAUAAAUGUGAAUGAUGAGACGUAUGACGAGGACAAGUUGUCAUUUUUUGAGAUAGAAGGUAUAGUAAAGAAAUAUGGAUACAAGUCAGGGGAUCUUGUGUAUUACUUAGAACCAGGUUGUACUUUUCAAGGUGGUUUGAAAUUAAUUUCAUCAAAUCAUAAUGUAUUGGAAAUGGUUGCUGCACAUAAAGGGGUACCGGUUAUUGAGUUGUACCUUAUUUCAUUUGAUAAGCCUGCAGUUAAUGAUGAUGAAUAUGAAGACGAUAAUGAUGAUGAUGAUGGUGAAUAUGGUGAAAAUAGUAGGAUUGAUCGAGAUGAUCCUUAUUGGGAAGAAGUAUUCGAACCAGAUUUGUUUGAUGAAGAUAAUAACCUCCCUGGGCCAUCCAUGGCAGGAGGAAAUGUUGAGGAGGGUGGUGUUGAGGGUAAUGAGGAGGGUGAUAGGGAGGGUAAUGAGGUGAGGAGGGUGAUGGGGAGGGUAAUGAGGGUGAGGUUGGGGACGAGGAGGAAGAGAGUGAUGAGGCGGUGGAUGAUGAUAAUCAAAAUGCAAAUGCAAGGGGAGCUAAAAAUGGAUCCAGGUUGUAGGUAUCGGGUUUACGGUCGUAAAUGCAAUGAUCAAGAGUCAUUUGAAAUUAGAUCGAUACAAGACAAACACACUUGUACAAGGCAGCAUAGGAAUUCGACUGUGAAGUCUGGAUGGAUUGCUGAUAAACUUAUUGACAAGUUUAGAGUGCCGCCUAACAUGCCGUUGAAGGCGAUUCUUGGGGAAGUGAAAGACAAGUGGGGUGUUGACGUUAAUAAUUGCCAAUUGUAUAGGGCUAGAAGAAUUGUAAGGGAAAUGCUUCAGGGGAAAGUUGAUAGACCUUUACCUGACCAUCCAGCAUGUUUCCAAAGGUUGUAUUUCUCAUUGGCUGCCAUGAAGAAAGGUUUUCGAGCUGGUUGUAGGCAUAUUAUUGGGUUGGAUGGGUGCUUUUUGAAUGGGACUUAUAAGGGACAGCUUUUGUCGGCCAUUUCUAGGGAUGGCAAUAAUAACAUGUACCCAGUGGCUCUUGCAGUUGUUGACGCAGAAAUCAAAGACAGUUGGGGGCUGCAACCAGCGUUUGACGUGGUGCUUCCUGGGGGUGACCAUCGGUUUUGUGUGAGGCAUUUGUAUGCGAACUAUAGAGACUCAGGUCAUCGUGGUCUUGCCUUGAAAGACAAGUUAUGGGCUGCGGCUGUAGCAUACACUGAAGCUGAAUUCCAUAAGGAAAUGGAUGAAUUGAAGCAUAUAAGCGAGGAUGCAUACAACUACUUGUCAAAUGUUGACCCAAGCUUAUGGUCCAGGGCUUGGUUCAAUACAUUCCCGAGGUGUGAUCUACUUGUCAACAACCUCUGUGAGUGCUUCAAUGCUUACAUCCUGAAUGCACGUGACCUGCCGAUCAUAUCCAUGCUGGAAUUCAUAAGAAAGAAGUUGAUGAAGAGAUAUCAAACGAAGAAGGAUGGCAUCCACACGAUGACUGGUAGGCUAUGUCCAAGGGUUGUUGCCAAAUUGGACGAAAUUCGACAGGUUGCUGGGCAUUGCUACAGCACAUAUGCUAGGGCUGGGUUAUACGAAGUAACCCACAAUAAUAAACAAUAUGUUGUGAAUUUGUUGAGGAAAACUUGUGGCUGUAGACAGUGGGACAUGACUGGAAUCCCUUGUGCACAUGCAGUGUCAGCAAUUUGGUUUUUUAAUGCAAACCCCGAGAAUUAUGUAGAUGAUUGGUAA